AUGUUAGCGACAAGUAUGCCAGACACUGGAGAUAUCUACAAGGCUUCUUCGGUCGCCGAAAUACGAGCCACCUUGGCCGAGCUGGGUCAACAGGAAGCUACUGUCACUGCCCGUCUAGAUGCUCUGCUUGCAUCGCAACGCGAUCUUUCACGCCAAUUAACCAAGCUUGACCUCGCAAGAGCUCAUCUAGGCUCUCAGGUCAUCCAGACAAGAUCCAUCAGCAAUGGCAUGCUCUCUUCGGCCGCCUCGACCGCCGCCCGCAUCUCUGGCGCCGUCAACCAGCUCGAUCGCGAACAAGCUGCCGUAAAGUCUACUCUGAAUGUCGUCGACCAGGUCGCCGAACUCAAAGCCUGUGUCUUGGGUGUCAAUGGCUCCAUGGGUGCUGCCCAAGACUGGGAAACCGCCGCUUCAUAUCUCCACCGCGCUUCCCAGAUCCCUGACCACGUCAUCGAUGGUGCUUUCGCCCAAGAAAUCGUUCCUACUGCCGAAGUCCCCGAUGCGCCGCGAGUUACCCUUACUGAAGCCUCGGAGAGUCUGUGUGGCUUGUUCUUGCGCGAGUUCGACAAGGCCGCGAGCGAAGGAGAUGGGCAGAGGGUCACUCGUUUUUUCAAGUUGUUCCCCUUGAUUGGCAAAUCAGACCAGGGCUUGGACGCAUACGGUCGCUAUGUCUGUACUGGCGUAGCUCAAAGAGCAAGGAACAAUUUGAGUGCAACAAAUCAGCGUUCUGAUGGCCUCUUCUAUGCGAGCGCCCUGACAAAACUGUUUGAACAGAUCGCCUUGAUCGUCGAUGGUCAUGAACCUCUGGUCGAGAGACACUAUGGUCAGGGUUCCAUGGCCAAGGUUAUUGAGCGCUUGCAAGCAGAAGCAGAUACCCAAGGUGGCAUCGUACUCGACGCUUGGACUGAUGAGCGUAGCCUUGCAAGAAAGAUCAAGGACGUGAAAUCAUAUGCUUUCUCCUUUCUUGUCCAGAGUUUCCUCCCAAGUCAAAAGUCUUCUGCUGCGAGGUCAUCGUCUCCGGCCUCAAGUCGUGCUAGUGAAGAUGAAAGUGUCAAUAUGAAGGAGAUUGAUGCACUUCUUAGUGAGACUGCCAUGAUGCUGAGCAGAUGGGCUCUAUAUACCCGGUUUGUCGCUACAAAAAUUCACCCUGGAGUCGAAGAACACAUAGCCAUGCCAGAUCUUCUUGCCAACAGCAGGCUGCACAAGAAGAUUGCAGACGCGUUGAUCGAUCCCUUCAACACCAUGUCCACCUUCUUCUUCCGCCGUUCCGUCGAAAAGGCCUUCCAAAUGGACGAAUCGCCUUUCGAGCUGACCUUGAACCCAAACAAGCCUCUCGGCUCCAAUCCGCCCUUCAUUACCUCUGCAGUCGACGAUGUUAUGUAUAUCGUCAACCAAGUAUUGCAACGAACUCUGGCCACAUCACAACGAUCCGUCGUCGCUAGUGUCAUGCCCUCGGUUAGCCGUGUCCUGACAGGCGACUUCUUCGGCAUGAUCCAACGCAAGAUGCGCGACGAGAGCUAUCCCAAAGCUGCCAUCCAAGGGGCGCUACCGCCAGAAAGUGUUAUCAUCUCUUUCCUGGUACUGAUCAACAACUUGGACGUCUCCACUGAUUACCUCCGCCGUAUCGUAAAUACCAAUCUGGGCAAAGCAGACCCUAAUUCCCAAGCCCAAAAUCAACACGCCGCCAUUUCAGACCUUUUCCCAUUCGCCCACGACGCAGUCUUUGUCGAAAAUGCACUCAGCAAUAUUCUCAGCACCUUCGAGUCCAAGACCAGCGAUUUGAUCUCCGAAGCCAUCGAAGUACUCCUCAAACAAGUCAUGCGACCACGUCUACGCCCCGUCUUUGUCGAAACCUUCCGCGAUGUCGAAUACGUUCUCGACGAUGAAGCCACCUCCGAAACCACAGAAUCGGACACUGCAGUUGCCCAACGCUUCGAAAGAGGCUGGAUGCAAUUCACCCGCCCCAUAAAACGCAUCCUCACCGAUCGCACCUACGACGCCCUCAUUACCUCCACAAUCUCGUACCUCGCUCGCGCACUCGAAAAGCGCAUCUGGAGUUACUACGGCCGAGUCAAUGAACGCGGUGCUGCAAAACUCGAACGCGAUAUUUCUGGCAUCGUGAAUGCUGCUGUUAAGGGAGGAAAGUAUUCGCUUAGAGAUGCUUUCCAGAGGUGUACGGAGAUGACGUUGAUUUUGAAUAUGGAGGAGGAUGAGUGGGAGGAGGUUAGGGCGCAGAGUGUAGAGCAGCAGAGGGAGGCUGGACUGGAGUGGCAUCUGGAUGCUAGUGAGAGGGCAAGGACGAGGAGUAUUAUGACUGAUUCGAGAUAA